AUGCCUAUCAUCUCCUCAUCGUCGUCCUCGUAUGUAGUAGCGUUAGCUAUUCGUGAUUUACCAAGAGAAAUCUACGCCAUCCUCAAUUCACGAGGCAAUGGAAGGUCCCACUGGACGUUCAGUCUCUGUCUAACGCCAACAAAAAUGAUGAAGAUCCACGCGACGGCGCCAUCUCCUGAUCAACAAUGGCUCUUGGAAGCUGUCGAGCACGACAUCACUGGUAGGGAUUUUGUGGAUUGCACGAUGCCGGUCCCUUCAGACAAUAUCAUUGACCUGCUUUGUACGGUACCUCUCGAGAUGCCAGCAAUAGAUGUGGACAUUGAGCCAAAGUUUUCAUGUCGGGUGUGGCGGAAGCAGGCUGUACAUAUGCUCAGUGGUGCUGGAUUGCUCAGGUGCAACGAUGUAUAUGCUCUGGAGGCUGAGAUCGUUGGAUAUACAGAAGCGAACGACGAGAAUGUCAGGCGGGGAGAACAAGUGUUCCUAUAAGCUUUUGCUUUCGUAUCUAUAGAUAUCACAAUGUUUUCCGUCUCUCUUCAUAAUGAUAUGACUCGCUCAGCCGUGACUCCCUCCAUAACGCGAUG